UUCAGGGUCCGACAAUGUAGAAUUUACAUCAUCCCUGCCACUUUAUUUACACAACUUAUCACUAUCAAAAAAUUCCAUCAAAUAUUGAAUAUUUACCAUUGAAUCUCAAUAAUUUUACAACAAAACCUUGUGCCUUAUGUGUCUUAAACAUCCUUGCUAUGAAAGCCUCAACAAGUUUGCCGCAUCAAAGCCGGCACGCAUUAUUUACGGCAUAUUAUUAGUAAUUGCUGUUGCUUUUGGAUGUGUAAGACUUUUACAAGCAUCAAAUGACUUACAUGCUUCAAAAAAUGCCAAACUUGCAAUAGUUCCAGAAUUCAAGGGCAAUCUAAUUCAUUUUGAUCCGAAAGAUCAUGGAAGUAUUGAGAGAAUCACGUCUAAAAUUGAUGAAGUUUAUGACACGUAUCAUAAUGACAACCUUAACCUUUAUAAUUGCGAUGAAGAUAAACUUCCUUCUGAAGGAAAGUCGUGUAAUGUAGAUUGGCGUGAGUUCGGACCAUGCAAUAAAGAAAACUCUUACGGAUAUCAAAAAGGAACUCCUUGUGUCUUCCUGAAAUUUAGAAAGCUUCGUGAUUGGGUGCCAAAUUAUUUAAAUGCAACUGAUCUUCCUGUCAAUAUGCCGAUGUAUUUAAAGGACUCUAUUGUAAACAGCCCAUACCCUAAUCAGAGGGUAAUUUGGGUUUCGUGUGAAGGAGAAAACCCAGCGGAUUUAGAAAAUAUUGGACCGGUUAUUUACUAUCCGAGUCGUGGAUUCCCUCACUAUUUCUUUCCCUAUAAAGGUCAAGAUGGAUAUUUAGAACCUAUUAUUGCACUUUAUUUCGAACGUCCUAUAACUGGAAUCGUAGUAUCUGUUAAAUGCACUCUAUGGACCCAAGGAUCACAAGAACAUACCAACUUUGAAAUACUUGUUGAAUAGAUUUUAUGAAACUAUUUAGAGAUAUUUGGAUUAAUUUAUUUAUUAUGAAAUUCUACAACUCACUCGAUGUACUUAUAGAAUCUCACGCUAACGUACAAUAUUUAAAAGAACAUUAUUUACUUUAUACAGCUUGCUUAUAAAGACCAAAACAGAAGCUAAAAUAUUUUUUGCAGUUACUCGAUGCAUCUGUCCACAAUCAGUACCAAUAAACACUAGUGUUAUCAUAGAGCAUAA